GGAAGUCUCAAUCCACUGAGAUCACACUUACGCAAUUAGGUCGCACAUACUGCCUAAUUACCCCGCGAAGUGGUAAGACUUCUUGAGCCAGAGGCAACUUCCUACCAAACACGCAUCCACUCAGGACAAUGUCUUCGCCAACAUUGACAAGGCCCGUGGAAGUCAGGCUGUGUUACGAGGCCGCUUGUCGAGGAGAUAUCGAUGGUGUUAAAGAACAAGUCCAGCGUCUACUACACACGCCUGGGUGGCCGAAAUCUGGGGGAAAUAUGCCUCGUCCCGGCUGGUUGUUCGACUCGCUACUUGUCGCCAUGGCAAAGCAGAACAUAGAACUCAUUCAAUACCUGCUUGAUGAGAAGAUUUCGGAACUUUCAAGUUUUCUGUUUGUAGCCGCUGUACGUUCCCGAAAAUACAAGGUUCUGAAUCUCUUCCUUGGGCUUGGGUGGGAUAUAAACACGCCGAGAGGCCGGGGUGAGGCUUCGGCGUUGAGCAUUCCCAUAAGUCAGGGUGAUUGGGAAAUGGUUCGGUGGCUUCUUGACCAUGGUGCCGAUCCUAACAGCCGCUGCGACUAUGACUUGACACCUAUGUCCGAUGCUAUUUUGAGAGCUCCACUGGAACUUAUCGACUAUCUGUUCUCUCGUGGGGCAAACCAGAACUUUGGACAACUCCUGCAUUGGGCCGUUAUCAGGGAUAAACCUGACGCUCUAGAGGUGGUUCGUCGACUCGUAGAGCUAGGAGUACCAAUCAACGAGGUGAAGUAUGCGAAUGACCCCAAAGGAUUUCGGGCGCGUAUAGGGUUUGGCCUCGGUACACCACUCCAUCGGGCUGCAGAGUUUGGAAAGGUGGACAUCGUUAAGUAUCUGUUAGAGGUGGGUGCUGACCCUUUGAAACUGGACACGAAGAGUAAAACACCACGAUAUUGGGCUGAGAUGGAUAACUUAAAUGACGUUGCCCUCAUUCUUGAGGAAGCAGAGGAGUGCCAGCUUUAUGGCACAGAAAACCGGAAGAAAAUGUGAGAUAUAUGUGUAUCUUGCCUGACACAUGAUCAUGUUCGUUUCACAUUGACUGAUGACAAUUUUUUCAUUGUUUGAAUGUCUAGUAGGUUGUCCUAGGCAGCACUGUGCAUUCCAUACGGUGCAAAGUGCGGCAAGUUACACAGGACAGGAUAGCAGCGGAACAUUCCCAUCAGAUCAGCAUCAAGGAAGGUCCGAUGGUUG